AUGCAAGCCUCGGAUGUAUCGAGCAUCCCGAAUAAUUCGCGUCUAAUCCCUCCCGGGUCUAAAUACGCGCUGAACGGUGACACUGGCUUUUCCCACGGAGCUUACAACAACAACCACCCCAACCCUAUCCAAGGAUUCUCGGACCGGAAUACUCGUCGCGCCAAUAUCCCCUCUAUAAACACUGCCGCCGGCCAACACUCCGAUAUGGCAUCCGGCUUCGAUAUGAACUACACCCCCUGCUCCCCUCCCAGCUGCUGGUAG